AUGGACCAACCCCCUAGUGUAUUACCUGAAACAACCUUGGAACAACCCCUUGUUACAUUGAGUGAAACAGUUGAGUUAACCCCUGCCUAUAUACCAAGAAUUGAAAGCCCUUUGACUGAACCAAUGAUAGGAAGCACAUGUCCUAAUGUUGAUGGUUGGGAUGAUACAUUUAAAUGGUGUGAACCUUUUGGUGGGACUCCUAUGGAACAAGAUGAACCAAAUAGUGUAAAAGCAGGUGAAGACAGUCAAGCUAGUAAAGACAGUCAUGAUAGUGAUGACAAUGAAGAUAGUGAAGACAGUCAAGAUAGUGAUUACAUAGUUGAUGAAGAUAAUUUGUUAGAUGAUCCGGAGGUUGAUAUGAAGAACUUUCACCUCAACAUUGACAAAGAGGUGGAGUGGGUUGGAAGUUUUCCUGAUGAUCGAGAUGAAGCAGUAGAAGGUGAUGAAGAAUUAGAGAGUAUAAGGGAGAUAGACUUCGUCAAGAAUGACAAAAACAAGAUUAGAGUGGUUUGUAAAGGGACAAUACCAAACCUUGGGAUAUUAGAAACAGGUGGGACCAGCAAAAGUGAUGACAAAGUGGGACCAAGUCAAAAGAAAAAGAAAGUGAAAGAUGGUUCUAUUCAUAAAUGCCCAUGGGUCCUACUAGUGAGUAAGUGGAAAAAAGACAUUAAUUGGACUGUUAAGACUUAUGAAAAGCAACAUACAUGCUUUCAAACAAGGAAAAUUAGGGAAUGCAACUACAAGUUUCCCUCUGAACAGAUUGUUGACACAUUGGAGGCAAACCCAGAAAUACCACUUAAAGCAUUAUGUGAGAUGCUUGAGAAGAAAUACCAAGUUGGAUUGUCAGACAUGAAAGUUCAUAGGGAGAAAAAGAAAGCCCUGGAAUCAAUUAGGGGAGAUUUUGCUGCUCAGUACUCAUGUCUAAGAGACUACUUACAGGAGGUGCAGAGUAGAAAUCCAAACACCACAGUCAAACUUCAAGUGCAAAGUGAACCAUGUUAUGCAUCUGAGACCAGGGUAUUUAAACGAGUAUACAUUUGUCUUGGUCCACUGAAAAGUGGAUUUGCAGCAAGGAAAAGAUAUUUACUAGGGCUUGAUGGUGCAUUCAUGAAGGGUCCAUAUCAUGGACCUGUUAGGGACGAUCACAGACUGGGAAUGGAACAUGAGAAGGUGCAACAGGGAAUCCAACAGGAGAAGGUGCAGCAAGUAGCAGUGGUGUUGUACAAAAUGGAGCUAAGAACAAAGGAAAAAUCCCCAUGCUUUGAGAAUUUGUAG